CGGCUGGUUGCGCGUUAGUCGCAGCCCAGUUGUUGCUGAUCCCUGGAAGGAUACAUCUACAUUUUUGUUUCAAGGAAAUUUGGAGACACAAAAUGGAACAGAGCAACAACAAAGAGGGCCACGGUGUGGCGGGUGGUCAUUCUGAUCUUCCCGUCAAGAAGGCGAUUAAUUUUUCCCCUCCGCUAUACAGACAGCGUUACAGCUUCGUUAACGACCUGGUCAAUCAGCACAAACCCAAGAAGGUGGCAGACUUGGGGUGUGGCAAUGCUUCCCUCAUACAGAUGAUUAAAUCGCACAGUUGCCUGGAACUGAUUGUUGGAGUAGAUAUCAAUAAAGAUAAAAUAGGAUCGCAAAGGUGUAGAUUGUCUCCAUUCUCGGGGGAGUAUCUAAGCCCCCGGGACCUGAAUCUGUCGAUCAUCUUGUACCAUGGCUCUGCUGUGGAGAGAGAUUCUCGUUUGCUUGGAUUUGACUUAGUCACGUGUAUCGAGUUAAUAGAACAUUUGGAUUCUGAGGACCUGGCCAGGUUUCCCGAAGUCGUGUUUGGGUACCUGUCUCCGGCCAUGGUUGUCAUCAGCACGCCCAACUCGGACUUCAACCCCCUGUUCCCGGCAGUGACCUUGCGAGAUUCAGAUCACAAAUUUGAGUGGAACAGGAAGCAGUUUCAGACCUGGGCCUUAGGGGUGGCAGGUUUCUACAAUUACUCCGUGGAGUUUACUGGCGUGGGGGAGCCACCGGAAGGAGCUGGGAAUGUUGGCUACUGUACCCAGAUAGGGGUCUUCCGGAAAAUCGGAGCGCCGGCCACGGAAUCGUGCGUGGCAGAGCAGUGUGGUCAGCACGUUUAUAAGAUUGUUUAUUCCGUUUCAUAUCCGAGUUUACAGCAAAAGGAAGUCCGCAAACUCGCAUUAGCAAAUGAGGUGUCUCGGCAAAUCCAAAGCAUGAGGCAGAGAUAUGUCUCCAGCCUGAGGAUCCUACAGCGCGGCGAUGGGGACGGCCACCAGGUCAGCGACACUGGGCUCGUCACCUUCUCUGGACCAGUCUUCACAGAACUCGAGAAACGCAAAAUCGAGAAGUCUCCCGAACCGUUCCGCUUUGGGAAUAAGCUCUACGUCCCGCUGGAAAGGCUGCUCGCUUACCCCAAGGUGAACCGCCUGUGUGACAGCGUGGACACGAUGCGAGCGCUCAUCGCUGACACGGUGAGGCUGAGCAGGGACGGGUCCGCCGUGAAGGUCGACCUGCGGGAUGCGAGUCCGUGAGCGGCCAUCCUGAGAGUCAGGUUCUCAGCCAAGGGAGAGCUCGCCGAGGAUGCUCUCCUGUAGCCGUUAUUCGAGUAACUUAGUUUUGAGAUUACUUGACAACGUUGUUGUGUGUGUGUGUGUUUUUAACAGGCUUGUUUUGUUUGGGAGUGUUUGUAGAGAGUUCCUGAUAUGCUUGGUUUUUGUUGCUGUUGGCAUUAAAGAAUGUUAAAGAAAA